AUGCCCAGGCCCUCAGAGCACAAGAGGGAGCAUGCCGCAGACCACUAUGGACACCAUCACUCCUUUUUUAAGGCAUCAUCCUCCAGCCUCACCUCUUCAGCCUCAUCCUAUUCCUCUUCCAUGUGGGCUUCGGAGCCCAGCUUGGACGAUGAGACAUACCUCACACAUGGCACCAAGCCGCAGCAUUCCCUGUCUUGCUCCAACAUCCCAGAGGCAAGGCCCAAGUACAGGGAUGAGGAAUCUGAGGAUAUGGAAUUUAAUACGAGGGACCCAGUAUUUUUUCAGAGCCAGACCCCUCACCAGAAGAAAUCACAAAAUCCUGUCCAUCUACAGCAACACCUACCCUCUUCCCCAAGAGGCCCGGGGUUCCCAAAACUCCAUCGAGGCCAUAGUAAGAGUGAGGAGGGACUCCUACAGAGCACAGGCAGUGCUCGUUCCUCAGGUGGAGGUGGGAGAACUCAUCAAAUAGAUCAUGGGCCAUUGUACAAGACUGCAAGCCUUGGCCAGAGUCUGGCCUUUGAUGAUGAAACAGAAAGGACAGUGAGAGGCAUGGGCAAACCAAAAAAGGCUGCAUCCUCUACCCAGCUUCCCACCAAAGGCAUUCUUAAGAACAAAGAUGGUGGGACAGCAGCGGUGCAGAAGGGAAACUUCCGGAAGGCCAAGUCCAUGGAGGUGCUUUCCACCAGGGUACAAGUCACUGCCCCCAAACAAGGAGCCCUUGAUGCAGCAAAGGAGAACUUUGUGAGAGGAAAGCUUGAGUUCUCUGCCUUCCUGGAUGAAAUCACACGACAGGUUAUCAGCCCCUCAAGGCUCAGCUCUCUGGGUGUCAGCCCCACAUCCACGCCCACAUCCACAUCCCCAAAAUUACCUCAUGAGGAGCGCAAGCAGCCUUUGAAGAUGGCUAAACAGGGAAAGGAAGAUGUUCCCUCAGCCAAACAACAGCAUACCAAGAUUAAGAAUCAGGAUUCUGAAAAAACAAGCACCGAUUCAAGUUCACAUUCCCGCUCGCAGAGAAGGUGCCACUCUGGCAAACACAACCACACUCACCACCCGUCCAAUCCCUCAUGCCACCACCCUCCUUCUGACCAUCCUGGUCAUGCAAAACAACCCUCCACUACAGAAAGACAAGGUUCCACAGUGAAUAAACAGCACCAUAGGAAGUAUAGCCAACUUCUUACUGAUGGCACUAGUACCAGUCCAGAACCUCUUCUUCAGGAGCAGAAACAACAUCACGUCAAGCACAAAGAAGGUCAUCGUGGUAGUGUCGGCUCCUCCAGGCACCUCCACACAGGAUUGGAGCAUAAGAGCUCCCAACUCUCUAUGAAGACUACUAGCCUUGAGUCUGAGUCUCAUUCCAGCAAGUCCUCUGCUAGUCCAAGCUCUGAAAAAAGUUCAGAGAAACGACACAAAUCCUCAGGACACAGGAGACACUCCAAAACACACAGGGAUUCAGUAUGUUCUAUCGACAGAGCUCUGUUGCUGGAGCAGUACAAUAAGGAGUUGCACGAGAAGCUCCUUCAGACGGUGGCCUGCAUUGAAAACAUGGAGGCAGAUCUGCAGACUAAUCGGGCAGAAUUAGCCAGUUACAAAGAGAAGUUCAAGAAACUUCAGGAGAACUAUGCUUCUUCACAGCAGGCCAAUGGUGUUUUGGAGCAAAAAAUUCAGUCCAUUGCUGAGAAUAUGAACUCAGAGAGGAAGUAUCUUCUGCAGAGGAUCCUGGAACUGACGAAGCAGCUGGACUCAGCUCAGAUCACCAUCACCUCUUUGAAGAACCUCAAUGUUCCUUGUUUGAUAAAAGAGCUCUUAGAGAAGCAUUUCAACUCUCAAGAAGCACUCAGGGGUUUCUUGCUUUCCUCUGCAACACCUUGCCAGUCUAUGGACAGUAACCAAUUAGAGAGCAGGAACAACCAGUCACCUUCAGGGAAGCUGGAUGAGAAAUUAUCAAAUUGGCCAGACUCUGGAGAGAGAGGCUCAGAGGUCAGGCACCAGAGGGUCACAGCAUUUUUGCCAUGGAUACAGGGACAGGAGAAGUGUGCAGCACCAGAUCAAGAUGGCUUUACAGGAAACACUCAGAGAGACCAGCAGCUGGAUGCGAAGGGACCACCUUUCACUGACUCAGGCAUAACACGCCUUCCAUUUUCUGUUGCUGACAUUGGUUUAGCCCUCCAUAACAAGACUGAUGAUGACCAAGCUAUAGGUCAUGACCCUAUGGCCACAAAGCAUCAUUUGGGGUUGCACACAGAAGUUCAUUCAUUCAGCUUAGGGACCCAGAGGGGCACUGAUGUACCUCUAAACCCUUACAAUUUAGAGAAGACUGGCUCAAACAAGGGAACAGGAGCUAGUGCAGUCAACCUUGAGAGCAAUGCUAAUGAUGUCAUGUACCUGAAUGCACAGAGGAUGCUGGACAAUAUCUUGAGUCAGAUUCAACCACCAGCUCCAAAACAGAGAGAAGAGGACAGUGGUCAUGAAGUUGAGGGGUGGACCUCUAGGCCAGCAAAAGGUCUUUAG